AUGAUGCACCGAUGUAUCUUGCUAUUGGGCACGGCACUUCCCCUGUUUGUUUACGCGUACACUGUUUCACCCAACAUCGGUAGUAUAGGAGCUGUCUUCGACGCCGCCGACUAUAACCACUUCAACGGCGUGUUUUAUCAAACAUUCCAAGAGAACCGGCUCCUCCAUCAAUCAAACCUAACACUCACCGCUUUUGCCACGCCCCUGCAGGAAGAUUCGAGCAUAUACACAUCCUUUCUCUCCCUGUGCUCCUUCCUGCAGGGACGCAACUUCCGGGCGCUCCUUGUGGUCGGCCGAGAGGAGACAGUGCAGAGGGUGGGGCUGGUGGCCCAGCCCCUUGGGAUUCCGGUGAUCGCCCUCACCACGGAUUCUGUUGUGGAAAGACAUGUGCAGGCCCACAACCCAUUGUUGCUCAUGCUGCGGCCCUCCCAGGCGGACCAAGCUAAGGCGUAUCUCCAAUUCUUUCAAGCUAACUUCUGGUUUAACCUCAUCCUCAUUGUGCAAGACUCACUCCUCUCUGAUGGCUUCUACGAACAAAUGAAGAAAAAUGUCACCGAUGCAUCAAAGUGGAAUAUCAACACUAAAAUCAUACCAGAAUCUUUCGAUGCAAAGAAACUGCAAUCACUAGCUACCUCACUUCUCCAAAAGGAACCAAAGAUUGUUGUGAUUCACGCGGAUUUAUCUUUAGUUCAACGGAUAUUUCAGUCAUUUUAUGAUGCUAAUGUGACGUCAUUAAAUCAUGCGUGGUUUAUAACCGAUUCCAGUUUGACACGUGACUACGAAUAUAUGUCAACAUUCCCCACAGGUACACUGUCUAUAGUACCUAAUUACGCUAUAAAUAUUGAUGAUGUGAUAUUAGAUGGAACCAAUUUUCUUAUUAAGUCUGUGAUACAAGCACCACAUGAAACUCCUAUAUUUAGAGGCUGCUGGAACUAUACACAAUCUUCAAAUCAACAUUUAGGUGAAAAGAUGUUUAGGAUUUUACAGUCCACCACCCUAACGGGUCGGUCAGGAACUAUUGUGUUCGACAAUCAGGGUAAACUCGAUGCUUCUAACUUUGUUGUUCAAAACCUGGUACGGGAAGACGGCCAGACCCCUUUCUGGAGAAGAAUUGGAUACAUUCAGGGGGAGGAUGUGAGCCCGUUUGGUAUAGUGUGGCCAGGAGAAUCAAUUACAAGUCAAAUUGCAUUUGGGAGAAAGAAAUAUAGGAUAGUGACAAACCCUGUAAAGCCGUUUGUCAUGGAUGAAAGCCCUCAUCCCGACUAUGGAUACUGUGCUACCGAGACAACUUGUAUCUAUAUAAACAACACAGGGCGCAAUAAUAUCAUACAUGCCCUGGAGGAUUACAAGAACGGUGUGUUUAACAAAAGCAACCCAUAUGUGCUUAAGUGUUGCAGAGGUCUCUCCGUUGAUUUGCUCAAUAGAUUAGCCAGCGAUCUAGACUUUGACUAUGAGUUGUACAUUGUCUCAGACACAACCUAUGGCAAAGAGGUUAAUGGAUCUUGGAACGGUAUGAUUCGAGAACUCAUGUCUGGGACUGCCCAUAUGGCGGUGGCCGCAUUUAGUAUCACACGAGACCGAGUAAAGGUCAUUGACUUUACUAGUAUUUAUUUCUUCUCAGGAUUUUCUAUACUGUAUACUGAAAAACAAAGAGCCUCAAAUAUGCAAGCUUUCUUGGAUCCAUUUGCUCCUGCUGUGUGGUUUGCCAUUAUCAUUAGUGCCACAUUAACAGCAAUUGCCAUGGGUAUUUUUGAGUGGAAUAGUCCAUUUGGCUUAAAUCCGUGGGGUAAGAAACGAAAACAAAAUUAUACGCUUGCAUCUGGAAUGACGAUGGUAUACUCAGUGCUUUUUGGCCAUACUGUGAAAACUAAAUCUCCAAAAGCUUGGCCUAGUAAAGUUAUGCAAAACCUAUGGGCAUUUUCAUGCAUCUUUGUCAUUGCUAGUUACACUGCAAACUUGGCUGCCUUCAUAGCUGGAAAACAUGCUGGCAUCAUUUACCGGAGCGUUCAUGAUUCUUGGCUUAAUGACAUCAACGUAGGUGUGUUACCAGGGAGCGCGGUAGAAGGGAUAGUGAAGCAGUUGAACCCGCGACUGUGGAGCAAGACCCAGAACUACCUUGUCGACACCACGGACAAUGCCAUCAACAAGCUCAUCAAGGGCGAGUUGGACGCUUAUUUAGGAGAUUAUCCGAUUCUGGACUACGCCCGGGCCAAGCUAGAUCCAGAUUGUAAGCUAAGGCUGCUUACUCAAACAUUUGGGGAGGAUGGGUACGGGAUCGGGCUGCCAAAGGGAUCACCAUUAAAGACUCCAUUAUCAAAGAUGAUAAAUGAGUACCACGAAAGCGGCUACAUUGAAGAUCUUAUUGAUGUCCAUUUUGCUGACUCACGGUGCUACAAACAAAGGAUAAAGUCAGAAGAUUCCCAAUUAGAAGAACAACAUCACGCGGGAAGUUUCGUCAUGCUCUGUGUGGGAAUCGUUGUCGGAAUAUGUGUUCUAUUUUUAGAACAUGCAAUAUUCAAAUGGUGUGUUCCAAAAUUAAGACGGAAACCGGGCCAAAGUCUCUGGAAAAGUGUCCAUGUCAUGUUUUUCAGUCAGCGGCUGCACAGAUCGAUCAAUAGCGCUGAGCUGGUUCCCGCGCACGAGACGGUCCGGGAGAUGCUGGGUAUCUGGAAGAGCAAGGACUUUAUCAAGCUCUUCCAGAAAAAUACCAUCAAGACAAAUAAAAUGGCUGAUGCAGCAAAGCGGAAGCGCCUUAAUAGAAACUUCUUCGACAUCAUUGAAAAGGCGAAAUGGAUGAAGGAGAUGCAGGACAACAAUCUAUUCGGGGACGAGUCCACUCCCUGCUCACCUUCCCCACAAAUCCGGGAGAUCUCACUACGAGAUAUAACACAGGCUGUCGAUCUCAGCGAAUUUCGCAAACAAAACAUGAUAGAAAACCAGGAACAUCUCUUAGAUUUUACUCUUCCAACCAAAGUGAAAGACUUUGAUGAAUCCACUUCCUUGAAUCACCGGUCUGUUAGCCACGAUGGAUUUGAUUGGUCGGCUCAACAAUCAGACUCGCAAGAUAUUUUAACAGGAAUCGCUUCAGAGGACCCUCUGAUAAGCGAGAGUUCAGCAGUUAAUGACCCUCCAACCAUCAAUGAUGCCGAGGAGUUUGGACCUUUUGUGUCGAAUAAUGCACAAGAAGCUCAUACCUACACAUCACCUGUGUUUGAACUCGAGCCUAGUCAUUCUAUUGAGUUAGUGACCGAAACUAAAAGCGGACGAGAACAUUUAUACGAUGUUCCAUUAGAAAUACGACAAUGUGAUUCAAAGGAGAAAAAAACUCCUAAUGGGGAUUUAUUUUCUGACGAAUAUAGACCAAAACGGAAAGAGCUCAGUUUCGCACCAGAAUCACACACCGUACGGAGGAAUUCAUCAGAUCAACUUAAGGAUCAGCACAUGCGAAGGUUAUCAAUUCCAGACACAAAGCCAAAGGACUCUAGAACUUUUCAUCCUAGAAAACGGCAAACAAUUCAUGGUAAUCGAAGGGGAAAAACUAGCACUGGUUUUAAUGUUGAUAAAUUCAGCAAAGAGGAAUUACUGCUCAUGUGGAAAUCGUCUGAGUUGGAAAUGAAUGAAAGAUUGCAGACGGCGGUCAAAGAUAAACAGAGAUUAGAAACUAAGUUAACAGCAUUGAAACUACAAAUGAGUACACCAGUAUGA